CUACGUCAACGACACGACUGUGUACACAACAAAACAAGUGACAGACGGCAUAUGAAAAGUUAGUUUUAAUCAUCAUGGGACUUCUUACAAUUUUAAAAAAGAUGAAGCAGAAAGAAAAGGAGGUUCGACUCCUUAUGCUUGGUCUAGACAAUGCUGGCAAGACAACAAUUUUGAAGAAAUUCAACGGUGAAGACAUCAGUACGAUAUCCCCCACCUUGGGCUUCAAUAUCAAGACAUUAGAACAUAGAGGCUUCAAGCUAAAUGUAUGGGAUGUUGGUGGCCAGAAAUCUCUGCGUUCUUAUUGGAGGAAUUAUUUUGAGAGUACGGACGGGUUAAUCUGGGUUGUAGACAGUGCUGAUAGGAGACGACUCUUGGAUUGUAAAAAGGAACUGCACUCACUGCUUACAGAAGAGAGAUUAUCUGGAGCCACGUUGUUAGUAUUUGCUAACAAACAAGAUCUUCCAGGGUCCCUACCAGCUGAUGAUAUUAGACAGACAUUAGAGCUCGACAAAAUCAAGACGCACCAUUGGUUAAUCAUUGGCUGCAGCGCUGUGACAGGGGAGAAUCUAUUAUACGGUAUUGACUGGCUGGUGUCCGACAUAGCCUCCAGGAUAUUCACUAUGGAUUAGUCAGGGUUUGGUCUGCAUUCUUAGGCAGAGUCUGAAUUGACGUUUACAGCUACGGCUACGGCUGUUGCGAGGGGUGUUGCUAAGGACUUCCUAUACUUCAACGCAUGAUGGUGAGGAAAUCUAGCCGUAGCUGUAGUCAAAGUUGCCUAUUCGGAAAUCCGCCUAUAGCCUGUAUAGUGAGGGAUCAGUUACUGAAACGUGUCACUAGUACGACAGCUUUUCACUGGUUCUGAAUUUGUGGCGGUUGCUACUUCUGUGGCUAUUGCUGAGGGUUUUGCUAAGGGCGUGUCAUAAUGUAAUGCUUGUACAAUCAAGCUGUGGUCACAAAUGCAGACGUGACCUCAUUUGUAUGCAAUUUUAAUUUGAUGGAUUACAAAAAAUCUAGGCAUGCAGUGGUUUUCAUUAUUUUUCUAGAAGCAAUUUACUGUGAAUUUUUAAAUGGCAUUUUAUAGCAGUCCACUCUUGCUAAGGUAAAACACUUGAUUAACACUUGACCACCGUAAAUUCUCCAAAAUCUUAUCCCUGGUUUAUAGCCAGUCAACCAAUGUGGGGCAGGUGUAAUGUUUUUUUAUCAGAGGACGAUGUUUUAAAUGCCUUCAACUUUCUGUUAUAGACAACAGAAUAGUCGCCUUGCAUUGGCUAUGGGUCAAGGGGUCAUUGUCAAGAGGUCUAUAUAUUCAGCCAUGUGAUGGUCUGAAGACUUUAUGCACUUAAAGGCAGUGGACACUAUUGGUAAUUACUAAAAUUAGUUAUUAGCAUAAAAUCCUACUUGGUAACGAGUUAUGGAGAGCUGUUGAUAGUAUAAAACAUUGUGAGAAACAGCUCCCUAUAUGUUCAGCCAUGCGAUGGUCUAAAGACUUUAUGCACUUAAAGGCAGUGGACACUAUUGGUAAUUACUAAAAUUAGUUAUUAGCAUAAAAUCCUACUUGGUAACAAGUU